AUGUCUUAUUUUCUCCCACAAGACGUGUUGACAGACAUCCUUGCAAGAUUGCCGUUCAAGACAAUAUUGCAAUGCAGGUGCGUUUCAAAAACAUGGUACUCUUUAAUAUCAAGAUCUACUUUCGCUACUCAUCACCUCAACAAAACCACCAAGACCAAGAACAGUGACAUCCUUCUAUUUGGGUAUUGCUCUAGGGAAUCAAAUGGGGAAAUAGAGCAUUAUUUCUUAUACCCAGAUGAGGGUUUUCCUGAUAACCAUCUAGAGGAACUUGAUUGCCCAUUUAAAAGCACAUGGGCUGCUCUUUGGAAUCCCAGUAUUAGAAAGACUGGAAGUAUUCCUAGGCCAAAUGUUACUUUCACGUCACAUGGAUCCUUUGUGCACUCUCUCGGGUUUGGGUUUGAUUCCAUCAGUAAUGACUAUAAGUUGGUGAGAGUAGUCUAUUUGCAAGAUUGUAGUUUUGACUUUGAUGAGGUUCCUCCGAUGGUUGAGGUUUACACAAUGAGAAGAGGGUGUUGGGGAAUGAUUACCAAUGAUCUAAAGUAUGUUAUCAGGGAGCAAUCGGCAUGUGCUUUUUUGAAUGGAGUUUGUCAUUGGAUUGGAUAUAAUUCACUGGAGAGGGAUGAGCCACGCCAUGCAACUGUGGCCUUUAAUUUGGGGAAUGAGGUAUUUGUGCAAAUGACAGUUCCAGAUUGUUUGGUAUGGGAUGAUUUUAUCGAUAUAUCUCUUACAGUCUUUGAUGGAAUGCUAUCACUGGUUCCAUGUAAGAAAUGGUUGUGGGAAGAGACUUCUUGUUCUGUCUGGGUAAUGAAAGAGUAUGGUGUUGGGGAAUCUUGGACCAAGCUUUUCCAUAUUGAACAUGUGGAAGGGAUACAAAGGUUAGUUGCAUUUAGAGAAAAUAAUGAGGUUCUGUUGGCUGGGGAAGAUGGCGAGCUGAUUUCAUAUGACCCAAAUACCAAUAAUUGGGAUUGUAAACUAUUUGGUGAUGUAGACUCGUUCUAUUUGGAUACUUUUGUGGAAAGUCUUGUUUUACUGAGUGAAGCAGAUAGGGUCUUAGUUGAGAAUACUUCUGAUGCCUCUGGUGAUCAUUCCAUAAUUGGAAUUGAAGAAGCCAGUGGAGCGUCAAUGGACCACGAGGAUGGAGCAGACAAGAAUAAAGAGAUUGCACCUUUACUAGAUGGAGUAAAUGAAGAGCAUGCUUCUGGUGUCUGGUUCUGCAUAACACAUUGUUCAAAACGAAACAUGUCAAGCAUCAAUGGAGCAUUUUUCCAUUUGGUGCCAGUGGAGACAAGAAGAGGAAGAAUAACGCCAUUUGAGUCUGUUUCUUUAGCUCUUGGCUGA